UAUAAAAUCCCUGUCAACCCUUCAAAUUCUGCUUCAUUCUCUUCCCUUGAUCAGCUACAGUAGCUCAUCUGUUAAAUCGCUCCCAUUUAAGAAACGAUGGUUACAAAUUUUCAGAGCUUAUUAAUAACCAAAUCCCCCUCCUCCUCCUCCUCCCCUACCUCUUCAAACGAAGAGACGAAGUUCGGUGCAGAGCUAAGAAAGGGGCCAUGGACGCUUGAGGAAGACACUCUUCUCAUCAAUUACAUAGCUGCGCAUGGCGAAGGCCGCUGGAAUGUCUCGGCCAAAUGUGCUGGGUUAAGAAGGACAGGGAAGAGUUGCAGGCUGAGAUGGCUUAAUUACUUGAAGCCAGACAUUAAGCGCGGAAACCUUACUCCCCAAGAGCAGAUCCUAAUCCUUGAGCUUCAUUCUAAAUGGGGGAACCGGUAGAUUGUUUCCUCAAUUUCCGAUUUUGAACGUUUUGAUGGCCACUUUGGAAGCAUGAAAGUACAGGGGAGGAAUUCCUGAUGAAAAAAUUUGUGGGAGAAAAUCAAUGGUUUUCUCAAACUCAAUAAAUUUAAAAGUUCUUAUUAAUCUUUUUUUACACUUAUAUUUAUUUUAUUAUGAAAUAAUUACAUAUAUAUGUCUAAAGUAAAGAUUGUUUACAAAAUCUAGACUAGUAAUUAGAGUAGAAAUGAAAUCAUUGUAUUAAUUAUCUGUCAUAUUUGUGUAAAUAAGUUUUAUUUUAGUAAUAUUUUUGAAAACCCUCCAUUUAUUAUUUAGUCAAUGAAAUUCAAAUGCAUCUAAAAAUUGACAUUAAUCGAGUUCAUGUUCCUUAGCAUUUUCAGGAGUUAAAACCAAAUUGAAUGUAAAUAAUUUUGUUUAGUAGGAGGAUUUAUGUUUCUUAGAAGAGUUGUUUUCUUAUGUUUGCCCUUGCGCCCUUGCCAUAGAAAAAGCCAUAAGAAAAUUAAACAUAAUAUUUCUCGAAUUAUGUUUUUAUAUAUUUAGAUUUUUUUAGUCUUUGUAUAAUAAAAUCAAAUUGAUAAAAUGAGUUCGGACAAUGUCUAUUAAAUCUAUUGACCUUGAAUCUUGUUUUUGUCUGUUUCCGAAUUUCUUUCCUCUUAAGUUUCCUCCAAAAGAACCUUAAGCUAUGUUUGGAUCUGGGAAAUUAAAAUGUUACAUAAAAGAACUUGAUUGCUUAUGUUUGGGUUUAACCGUUUAACUGAGAAAAUAGAGAAAUAAAUAGAUGCAGAGUGAUUAAUUUUUUUAAAUCCUUUAUUAUAUGCAUUUAGAUCGUUAAUAUUUAUAUAAGCCAUAUGAACAAAAAAAUGAAUAAAAAAAAUUAUUGAGUCUGAGCUGAUAUUUUAAUUUUUGAAAUUAUUUUCUUUCCUUCAAAAUUUCUCCCUGCCUUCUUUAGCCUUUUCAGUGCUCCAGAAGAACCCUUAGGGUUCUCUUAUUUAACAAUGUUUGUUUUGGUGGGAUGCAUUUUGAUGCAUGAUUUGUGGGAUGGUGGUGGAUAGGUGGUCAAAAAUAGCGCAGCAUUUGCCAGGAAGAACAGACAAUGAGAUAAAAAAUUACUGGAGAACAAGAGUCCAGAAACAAGCUAGGCAGCUCAAGAUCGACUCAAACAGCAAGAAGUUCAUUGAAGCUGUUAAAAAGUUUUGGAUGCCCAGAUUGGUUGAGAAGAUAGAACAGCAGCAGAACACUUCUUUGAUAUCCCCCUCCUCCAACAGUUCCUCCUUAUUUUCUUCUUCUUCUUCUUCUUCAUCCACUCAGCCUAUCACCACAGAAAAGCCCAACUUACUUGUUAUUACUUCCCCAUCAUCCCCCAAUCAGGAAACCGAUACUUAUACUCCUCCAGCAGUAAUAAUAACCCAAGAAACAGGCAAAACAGACAGCUACAAUGAGAUCGAAGAUGACUGUUACCAUGUAGAAAUAAUGGAAAAUAAUUCUUGUUAUGAUGCUGAUGAGGCUUGCUUUGGCCACUACCCUGCCUCCAUGCCAGCAUUCGACUCGCGUGAUGUUUCCUUGCUGGGGUGCCAGAUGGGAUACGAUGACUGGUUCGGUGAUGAGGUGGUAGAUGCGUUGUGGGGACAAUGUUGAUUGUGCUAGUACAUCCUCUCCAUUGUUAGUUCAAUACCAAGAGUGAUGAUGAUGAGUGAUGAUUGCAAAUUAAUUAACCAAUUAAUAGACAAGUUAAGAAAGAGUUGCAUAAAUAUGUGGUUAUUAAAACACAACUAUGUUAAUAAUGUCCACUAGUGCAUGCAUAAGUGCAUCACAGUGGCUAUGGCUAUGGAAGUGUUACUAAUUAGCUUAUGUAGAGAGUGGUAGUCUCCAACUAUUACCAAGACUAAACUUUUUGGUUGAUGAAAAAAAUCAAAUGUACAUCAUGUAAGGCAAACAAUGAAAUCAAAUUAUGUAUGUUGCAUAUGGACAGUAACUAUGGUUAGCAUUUGUAUAUCUGCAUGUAUUAUUUUUAUGUACAAAUGUAAUUUAUUUUCUC